AUGGAGGGCGCUCUUUAUGAAGCUUACAAUUUUCACCAAAAAGGAAUCGCUUUUGUUCGACUGGGAAUAGAAAACAGCAGAGCAAAAUAAGUAUAUUGCUUCAAAAUUAGAUAAUUCAUAUAUUUUAUCUGGUAAGAAUUCUGAUACAAACUCACAAGGUACCAAAUAGCAUCCUCCAAGCUGCUGUGCGUGUUUUCCUCUGUUUAGCGAACAAGGAUUAGCCACUGAGAUAUUUCUUCACCAAGAAAUAGAUUUUGAACAAUUCGAAAUCCUGGAAGGAUCACCAUUACUACCGCUGAAUAGGCAGAGGUUCCCGUUCGUUGGUGGCAUGCCUGCACCAGGUAUACCAGGGCCUAUGGAUGGCCGUGACCACCAUCCUGGCUUUCCACCACGACACAUGCCGUUCAUGAGCCAACCAGACUUUAGAAUUUUUGAACUGAAUAAGAGGUUGCAGCACCGAAAUGAGGACAGUGAUAACUUAUGGUGGGAUGCUUUUGCAACAGAAUUCUUUGAGGAUGAUGCCACAUUGACCUUAUCCUUCUGUCUUGAAGAUGGACCAAAAAGAUACACUAUCGGUAGGACCCUGAUCCCUCGUUAUUUUCGCAGCAUCUUUGAGGGUGGCGUGACCGAUGCGUACUAUGUUUUAAAACACUCAAAGGAAUCUUUCCACAACACAAGCAUCACAUUAGAUUGUGAACAGACGACGAUGGUGACAUAUCACGCCAAGCCAAUGAGUACUAAGAUUUGUACAGAAGGCAGGUUAACAUUAGAGUUUACUUUUGAUGAUUUAAUGCGCAUACGGUCGUGGCAUUUCCAAAUAAGGAAUCAUUCUGAGAUGAUCUCUCGUAAUGUCAUAUCUGUACAGGAUCCAGCAAUGUUGGAGCAACUGUCGAAAAAUGUAACAAGACAAGGGCUUACUCAUUUCACCCUUAACUAUCUCAGACUGUGUGUAAUUCUUGAACCCAUGCAAGAGUUGAUGUCACGUCACAAGGCAUACAACCUCAGCCCGAGAGAUUGCCUCAAAGCAACGUUGUUCCAGAAAUGGCAAAGAAUGGUAGCGCCACCAGAUAUCAAAGCACCUGCCAAAGAGAACGAACGCAUCAAGAAAGAAACCACAAGAGGAACAGGAAAGAAACGAAGGAGAAAGACAUCGACAACAACCAUGACCACCAACUCCACUGGAAUUACAGGUUCUGGGACAGGGUCUAGCAAGAAAAAGUCCCCCGCUGGAUAUAACAUGCCCCCAACUGAACCAAUUCCAACGGAUGUUAUGGUGGUGGGGGAACCUUCGUUAAUGGGGGGAGAUUUUGGAGAUGAGGAUGAACGGUUGAUCUCGCGUCUUGAGAACACACAGUUUGAUGUCAGCAAUGGAAUGGACACGGAGGAAGAUUUUGAAAAUGGAGGCAACACCAAUUCCUCUAAUCAGAGCCCAUGGAAUCAAGGUGAAAGGUCAACACCAGCACCACCGUCCAAUCAAACGCAGGAGGAAAAAGUCCCUACCAAUGCCACCUGAGCCAAUCAUAUUCCACCCAUUUGGUAAUUAUUUUCGUGUUUGCCAAUUGUAGCAAUCUUCCAUGGCAACCAUCUGCAUAAAUAAAAAAUAACACUUGUAAAUUGUUUUCUGUAUCUUUUGCUGCAACAUAGAAGUGAAUAUUUUCGAAGAGAAAUAUACUUCUUUGGCUUUGUAAUUGAAGAUACGUGGUUUAUACACGUAAACGUUGCUGCUGACUCAAGUGUUUUCUUGUUAAAUUAUGGCAUGGGUAUGUGGACUUGUCUGGGUUGUUGAGAGUGGCAAUAGUGUAGUCUUUAAGCAGAAGGCAUUCACAACCACUCUUAAAAGACUUCUCUCCAGACUAUUAAAUUUUAUUUGACAAAAAUAUGGUCAUGAUCACAUCACAUCAUGACCAUAUAUAGGCACAUCAUGUCUAUAUAUGGGCAUACAACAGUUUUUUGUCAAAGAAAAUUUGAGAUUGGACAGAGCCUUAUACAUUGCAGAAUGUAUGUCAGAUUGGUUGUAUAUCUAUUUACUAGAAGAAUUCUACUGCGAACAGAACCAGGUUUUAAAUUUGGCUUAAAAUUUUAUAGCAAAUGAAGUGUCUGAUGGAAUGUCAUAUUUAUGUACAAUUCUAUAAAAAAAUAUAAUAAAUAGUUUAAAGGCAUAAAAUACAGGCAUGAUCUAUUAAAAACAGAUUUUUGUUUUCUUAUGGAAUUAUAUUGUUUUAUGAACUUAAAUUCAUUGAAAAUUUUUCGAGCUGUAGAAUGUUGGCUGUUUUUUGCAAGUAGAUAUUUAUUUGAUUUUCAUAUUUGGAAAUAAUUAUUUUAAAAAUGUAAUAAAUCUAUCAAUCAAAAUCCUGAAGGAUGAAACCAAGAUUAUUAAACAGAUGAAAAUAAUGUAAUCAUCGUUUUAGGCUCGAAAAUAUAUAUUAAUAUUACAAAAUACAAAGUAUAUUUUUAUCACCUUUUAUUUUGGUUAAUUUUUCUUUGUUUUCCAAAACUUUAAUGUUCAUUGUACAGAUAUAACAUUUCAAAAUGUCAAAAUGAAUUGUGGGUAAAAUAGUAUUACCCAUAAUGCACAUGGUGUGGCCAGAUCUGACAAAAAGGUUACUGAUGCUUAUAAUUGAAUUAGGCAGUUUAUUCUGUCACUGAAUAAGAAAUGAGUAAGGUUUGUGUUGACUUAUUGUUUAGCUAAUUAUACUGAAUUUAUCGUUGUGUGUUUUGUACAUAAAAUAUGCAUGGCUGUACAGGUAUAUGCAUUCCCCAUUAAUUAGUACUUUAGUAAAAUUCAAAUAAAGAAUGCUGUGGGUAUUAUAUUUAUUAUUGGUUUUUUAAAUAAUUGUUGUUAAAAUCAUUAUUAUUAUUAUUAUUAUUAUUGUUUUUAUUAUUAUUUUUGCA